AUGACACCACAGGUCUACCCAUCGACACCCCAUGACUAUCCAAAAACAUCGAAGGACACCCUGAUGACACCACGUACCUACCUAAAGACUUAUCAGAACUACCAAAGAACACCCGAUGACUACACACGGACAUCCCAGAUCUACGCAAGGAGACUCCACUACUGCCAGAGGGAAUCCAAGGACUACCAUAUGAACCACCAAAGGACACACGACACACCAGAACUACCAAAGGACACACCAGAACCACCAAAGGACACACUAGAACCACCAAAGGACACACUAGAACCACCAAAGGACACACAAGAACCACCAAAGGACACACUAGAACUACCAAAGGACACACUAGAACUACACAAGGACAAAAUAGAACCAAACCACCAAAGGACACACGACACACUAGAACUACCAAAGGACACACUAGAACCACCAAAGGACACACUAGAACCACCAAAGGACACACAAGAACCACCAAAGGACACACUAGAACCACCAAAUGACACACUAGAACUACCAAAGGACACUCUAGAAUCACCAAAGGACACACUAGAACUACCAAAGGACACACUAGAACCACCAAAGGACACACUAGAACUACCAAAGGACACUCUAGAACCACCAAAGGACACACUAGAACCACCAAAGGACACACUAGAACCACAAAAGGACACUCUAGAACCACCAAAGGACACUCUAGAACUACCAAAGGACACAAUACAACUAUCAAAGGGCACUCUAGAACCACCAAAGGACACUCUAGAACCACCUAAGGACACACUAGAACCACCAAAGGACACACUAGAACUACCAAAGGACACUCUAGAAUCACCAAAGGACACACUAGAAUCACCAAAGGACACACUAGAACCACCAAAGGACACACUAGAACUACCAAAGGACACACUAAAAUCACCAAAGAACACACUAGAACUACCAAAGGACACACUAGAACAAGCAAGUACUAUACAAGGACACUCAUGUGCUCCGUAUACAUACUGA